CGGUAGGUGAGGUCACUGUUGCGUUCAUCCUGUUAAUGAGGGCACCAGGCAGUGAUGGAGGCGGUGGUGAAUGAGGUAGUGUCUCCAGAAGACUUGUUGAAGUUUGAAAAGAAAUAUAAUGGAGAGUUCACCAAAGGGCGGGUCUCCAAAGGCACACAGUUUGAAUAUGCCUGGUGUCUCAUUAGAAGUAAAUAUUCCCCUGAUAUCAAGAAAGGCAUCUUGCUUCUUGAAGAGUUGGUGCCCAAGGGAACUAAGGACGAACUAAGAGAUUAUCUUUUCUACUUGGCGGUGGCAAAUUACAGAUUAAAGGAGUAUGAAAAAGGAUUAAAGUACAUCCGAACUUUACUGAAAAAUGAACCAAAUAACAACCAGGCUCUGGAGCUAGAAAAGCUAAUAAAUAAUGCAAUGAAAAAAGAUGGACUGGUUGGCAUGGCGAUUGUUGGAGGGAUUGGACUAGGUGUGGCAGGACUGGCAGGCCUCAUUGGUUUGGCUGUGGCCAAAUCCAAAUCCUAAAAAAUACAAUUAAGUGGACAUCAGCUAUAUUUCCAUUUUUCCAGCUGCACAUCUAACUGAAGAUUUAAGUUAGACACGACCAUAUUUUCCAAAUUCAGCAGUACAGACAGAGUGUUCAAAUCAUGGGAGUAUUUUUAUCCCCACUACGUGAAAUAAUUGAAAUCUGUUUAUAAUGUCUUACAAAUCUGUGAAACAUAGGAUCUCUUUCCCUGGCUGCUCCCUAUCAACCCAACAAUGCCAUCUUUGUAAAUUAUGUACAGUGGCUGAGGAAGUCAAACACUGCUGUUUGGAUUAGUGGUCAAGUUACAUCAUUAGUGGUUUGGACACACCUUUUAUUAAUUAAUGUAAAACUAAAGAUAAAUAUAUGUAUUGAUUGAUUUAUUUAAAGAGCUACUAGUAACUUGAGAAAUACUCAACUUUUAAUGUAUACUUUUUGAUUUUUUGUUGAAUUAAAAAUGUGGGAUUAAUAAGUUAUCUAUGUGUAUGCAUAAUACCAUUUUGUCCCUAAGAAUGUUUAAACUUUUUCUGCAAUGCAAACUAAAGUCACAACUCCCAUGAUGUUUAUUUUUUUUUUUUCCUCUCAAAGGUGUGCCAGUCCGUGUGAUUAUUUUUCAUGAAGUGUUUUACUUCAUUCAGGAUGUGUGCCUGCCAUAUCCUUGGUAACCUGAAAGCUUUUUGAUCAUUAAAGAAACAAAUCUUAUUGCAAAAGGGGCAGCGUUUAAACACUUUGUUCACUGCUUGUAAAAGCUGAGAAUGGUUUUCGCCAAAGAACUCUGGUCACAUCAGGUGAAAUAAUUGAUGAAAAUGAGUAAUUUACAUGGUUAAUCACUGGCUAUUAUAAAGAUUUACUUCCCAACUUAUCUACAAUUUUUUUUUUUUAAAUAUUAAUCAGAAGGCUAAUAUGGAAUUUAUUAAAGAUGCUUGGACAGUGGUGAAAGUGUGCCAUUUUCAUAUUUAUCCAUGUAUCUUAUUAGCACUCUUCUUCAUGUGAUUUUGCAAUAUUGCAUUGUGAACAACACAUUUCUUAUUAGCAUCUCUUCUUCAUGUGAUUUUGCAAUAUUGCACAACACAUUUCUUCUUUCAAGAAGUCUAAUCUUUCAAUACUAUCCACCCCCAUAUUUCCAAUUAUGUUUUAUUUGCCCUUUUAAGUAUACAGAAUGGAAUAUCAUAAGAACUUAUUUGCAAACAUGGCUUCAAAUGCACCGCCUAGUUGAAAGAGCAGCUUUUAUCAUUCAUUCAUUUUUGUUUGUUUAUCAUAAUAACCAUGACAACUGGAUACCUGUCAAAGUGGAAUAUUUCUUUGGCAAUGAUGUGGGGUCAUGUUGCAGUAACAUAUAAUUAGAUUUUAAAAGAAGGUAAAAAGAAUGUUUUUUCAAUUGUAUUUUCAUCCUUUUUUUUUUGUACUUCUGUCAAAUGUAACCUGCUGCUGCUGUUGUAAAUUUGCAGCCAAAUAGGCCAUUAAUCAUUAAUUCAAUUUAAAACAUGGCAGCAUUAUUCUUUUUUGAUACAUUUAGGACACAUUGACCUGCCAAACAUAUUAUAUUAUAAUAAUUUAUAAUAGAUGGAAUGUAAAUAAAAUGACAUCUGAAAUGUGUACUUUGUGUUUUAUAGGAAUGUGGAAGAGCUACUGUUUUACAAAUGACAAUGUGUUCUCUUCUACGUCAUGGUUUGUGAAUUUGAUUAUUAAAACUAAAUCUUGAGUUAAAUUCCAGUUAAUGAAUUUGAUAUAUAUUUAUGUGUGUUUUUGUUUUUUUUUUAAUUUAUGCAGUGAGUUUUUCUGCUUAUCUACUUCAACUGCAUUCUAUUAAGUAAACAAUUAUGGUCUGUUCCAUACAAAAUCAAUUUGAUUUUUCAGUUUAACCAAUUUAAUAUAUUCAAGCCCUUAGAAAUGCUUUGCAUCUUAACAAUCACUUUGUCUUCAGAUUCAUACCACACAGCAUAGGUAUUCCUAAUGUUAAAAGGGACUUCCGUUCUUUUUGUCAUCUUGUCCUCUCUUGUAUGUCUAGGGUCUACAUAUUUAAUAUGUGAAUCACUAACUUGCUGUAAAAUUAUUUGAAACAAAUAAGAUUUUGUUUUCAGGACUGCAAACUGCUAAAGAAUUUUUGCAAGUCUCUGUGCCUUACAUGCACACUUAAUUAUAUUUUGGCGUGUUUAUUACAAUGCUGUCUAGUUUGUUUAAUAAAUAAACUUUUUUAACUUUUAA